GGGGGUUUGGAGCAAAGCGGUUUGGUUAUUCGUUGGGGAGGUCCGUGCACUUAGCUCCUGGACUGCGGCUCUCCCUUGGGCAGCAGGAGCGGCGUCACGGACUAAGAAGCGGCCUAAAACUUCGGCGUCGAGUGAAAGAAAAUGGCCCGAACCAAGCAGACUGCUCGCAAAUCCACGGGUGGGAAAGCGCCCCGCAAACAGCUGGCCACUAAAGCUGCCAGGAAAAGCGCCCCCUCUACCGGCGGGGUGAAGAAGCCCCAUCGCUACAGGCCCGGGACCGUUGCGCUUCGAGAAAUCCGUCGUUACCAGAAAUCGACCGAGCUUCUGAUCCGGAAGCUGCCUUUCCAGAGGUUGGUGAGGGAGAUCGCCCAGGAUUUCAAAACGGACCUGAGGUUUCAGAGUGCAGCCAUCGGAGCGCUGCAGGAGGCUAGCGAAGCGUACCUGGUGGGGUUAUUUGAAGAUACUAAUCUGUGUGCCAUCCACGCUAAGAGAGUCACCAUCAUGCCCAAAGACAUCCAGUUGGCUCGCCGGAUACGGGGAGAGAGAGCUUAAGGAAAGGCAGUUUUUACGGUGUUUUGUAGUAAAUUCUGUAAAAUACUUUGGUUUAAUUUGUGACUUUUUUUGUAAGAAAUUGUUUAUAAUAUGUUGCAUUUGUACUUAAGUCAUUCCAUCUUUCACUCAGGAUGAAUGCGCAAAGUGACUGUUCACAGACCUCAGUGGUGUGAGCACUGUUGCUCAGGAGUGACAAGUUGCUAAUAUGCAGAAGGGAUGGGUGAUAUUUCUUGCUUCUCAUGAUGCAUGUUUCUGUAUGUUAAUGACUUGUUGGGUAGUUAUUAAGGUACUAGAAUUGAUAAAUGUGUACAGGGUCCUUUUGCAAUAAAACUGGUUAUGACUUGAUCCAAGUGUUUAACAAUUGGGGCUGUUAAGUCUGACCAUGCAUCACUGUGAUAGAAUGUGGGCUUUUUCAAGGGUGAAGAUACAAGUCUUAACCACAGUGUAAUAACUUACAGUUUCCUAAAAAAAAAAAAAAAAAAAGUAAACCUGGCAGCUAUAGAAUACACUAUGUGCAUUUAUAAUAGCUAUUUUAUAUAUUGUAGUGUCAACAUUUUUAAAUUAAAUGUUUUACAUUCACAUGUGGGGAGUCUUGUCAUUAAGGUGUGUGUAAUUUAGGGUCCAGUUGGUGUUCUAACUAGACUGCACUUGUUUUCAUAGUAGUAAAAUGCUUUGCAAAUAACACCUUGCAUAAGUCCUCAUUCUACCACAUGUGAACUAACCCUCUAGCUGAUAAUGCAAACACUAUCGGGGGAUUUUAUUUAUAAGGGCUCUGGAAUACAAUACAAGUUAUCACACCAGCAUCACCUGUUACUAAUAUUCUGACUAGUCAUGGUUAGUGCAGCUUUUAUUUGUGUUGUGGUUGGUUUCAUAACUAGGUUGAGUUCUUCCUCUACCAAGAGGAAACAAGACCCGAGUUCUUUUCCUUGUGGAGUUUGUAUUAUAACCCUUAGCGUGAACUUGCUGUGGGGAGGGAGGGGCACUUUAGCUCCAGCUUGUGGAAUCUCGGCCAGUUAAGAUGGCGGCCAGUUAGCUUACAUCUGGUAUAUGGUCCUGGGGAAAUCACUUUAUAGAGCUGGUCUUCCAAGUGGUUUUUAAAAUUUAUCCUUCUAUUGAAGUUUUUAGGUCAAUUAUGUAUGUUGACUAAAUUUACAAAUAAACUUGUUUAUCCAA